CGAGUGGCAGAAAAGUCCCCAGUCACUCCUCAAAUCGUCUCAAAAGCAUCUUGCUGUUCGACCUCGGGGAUUUGACAAAAAAUGGCUACCUCAACAACUGGCCCGGAGAGCCAGCAUCCCGAAAAGGAGGUGCAGGCUGUCACAAUUGACCCUGAGGCCGGCCCAGUCCACCCGCUUACUGGCAAGUCCUGGAUGUACAAAUCUUUUAAGAUUGGUCCAUGGACUCUGCCGUAUUUUGCCUCGCCUGAUGCACAGCUUCUCCUGGUCUCCUUUGUCUGCUUCCUCUGCCCGGGAAUGUUCAAUGCCGUUAGUGGCCUCGGAGGUGGAGGUCAGCUAGGUUUCAAGGACGUGAACAACGCCAACACCGCCCUUUACAGUACCUUUGGGGUUGUCGGGUUUUUUGCGGGCUCUGUUGCGAACCGCAUUGGUCUGCGUUUGACGCUCUCAAUUGGUGGUUUUGGUUAUUUUCUCUAUGUCGCAUCGCUACUGUCCUACAACCACAACCAAAACUCUGGCUUUCUGAUCUUUGCUGGUGCACUUUUAGGCGCAUGCGCUGGCCUACUGUGGUGCGCCCAGGGUGCCGUCAUGAUGAGUUAUCCGAACGAAAAGGAGAAGGGUAAAUUCAUCGCCAUUUUCUGGGUGAUCUUCAAUCUUGGCGGCGUCAUCGGCAGCUUGGUGCCUUUGGGUCAAAACCUGCACUCAGUGGCUGGUCAAGUAAACGAUGGGACUUACAUUGCAUUCAUGGUACUCAUGGCCUUGGGUUUCGUCCUGGCUUGGGGCCUCGCGGAUUCAAAGUAUGUCAAGCGCAAAGAUGGCUCGCACGUUAUCGUCAUGAAGAACCCUACCUGGAAAUCCGAGUUUAUGGGUCUCUAUGAUACUCUCCGCACCGACUACUAUAUUCUCCUCCUCUUCCCGAUGUUUUUGACAAGUAACUGGUUUACGGCGUACCAGUUCAACAGUGUCAAUGGUGCAUACUUCACCAUCCGUACACGAGCCCUCAACAAUCUGCUGUACUGGCUGAUGCAGAUGCUCGGAGCGUUCGUCUUCGGGCAAUUACUGGACUUGAAGUUUCUCUCUCGGCCCACCCGAGCCAGGCUGAAUCUUUUCCUUUUGCUGGUUCUCACCAUGGGUGUCUGGGGUGGAGGUUAUGCGUUUCAGAAGACCUACACUCGCGAAACAGUCAAGGCGGAUACCGACUGGACCAGUCACGGCUUCGUGGGUCCAAUGUUUCUGUACAUGUUCUACGGGUUCUAUGAUGCGGCUUUCCAAACUUGCGCAUACUGGUUCAUGGGUUCUCUGACAAACAACGGCCGCAAGCUGGCCAACUUUGCUGGAUUUUACAAGGGCAUCCAGUCCGCUGGUGCAGCAGGCAUGUGGCGGUUGGAUGCGGAGAAUACUCCCUUCAUGACGGAAUUCGCUACCUGCUGGGGCCUCCUUGCUGGCAGUAUUGUGAUUGCCUCCCCUGUAGUAUUCCUCAAGAUCAAGGAGCACGCGGACAUGGAGGCUGAUCUGCGCUUCUCGGACGAGACCGCUCAAGAAGUGGGAGUAUCUGUGCCUUUAGAGGAGCAACAGUCCAUUGAUAAGAAGGAUGAGAAGCGCGUCUCUCUCAGUUAACUCUUCUCCUUGACUAGAACUGCGUGUCCCAUGAAAGGACGGCAAUCUGGUUACAUGACGCGAUGCUGCGAUGAUGAACUGGUCUGGCCCAAGUUACUGGUGCUUCCGACCCCUUGACGCAUAUUCUUGUUUCCAUCUUUUAAUCUCUUUAAUCUUCAUAUCUCAUAAUUAUUUUGCUGAUACCAGGGGUAGGAGCCCUUAAUGACAUAUUUCUUCCACCAUUACCCUAGCCAUUCAAUUUUCGCUUGCUCAAUCAACUACCUCGUCUGACCAACUAUACUUUUAGUUUCCUGCGUAAGGAAGUGGACCACAUGGACUCCAGGUUUUUUUUUUUUUUUUUUUUUUUUUUUU